AUGUGGAGCUCCGCUAUGGAUCUAGUGUUUCUGGUUAUCAAUGGUGUGGGAAUGAUUUUGGACCUCUUGGUUCUCUUGCUGGAUGUCAACUUCUUCCUCUUUUCCACACUAGUGUCCUUCCUCGUCUGGCUCAUUGCAUUUGUUUGUAGCCUGCCCAAUACCUUGGUUGCUUGUGUGAUCCACUGCUGGAAUGGGAUUACGUUAUCCUCGCUAUGUAUAGCCGAGGCAUUGUAUUACUUGACUCUGGGCUCUGUGCACACCAUUGUCAACAUGCUGCGGGGCUUCUUCUCCAGCAUGGAGAGCUUGAAAGUAGUGGGCCACCUGUUCACCCACCUGACGCUUAAAAGCAAAGAAAUUAUGCACCGUGGUUUCUGGAACCUGGUUGGAUCCGGCCAGUCACUUCUCAGGCAAGUGUGUGAAGUGUGUGCCAUCGUCAUGAGCCUUGUGGCUUACUUCGUCAACAGCAUCAUCAACAUCUGCCUCAUCGGAACCCAGAACCUUUUCUCUCUGGGACUGGCCCUGUGGGAAACUGUUGUUGGCCCCUUUCUAAGGGUCACCGAUAUUUUUGCAGCUUUUGUUGCACGGCUGUCCAGCAGUGCCAUCGCUAUGGCCAUCCUCCUGUGGACUCCCUGCCAGUUGGCGUUUGAUCUGCUGGCCUCUGUGAGCAAGCUGCUGCUUAAUGUUUUCUUCCUCAACCUCUAUGGUUUGAUGUUGCUGUCUGUGAUUCUUGCCACCAGCAUCUUAAUCCUCAACCCUCAGCUGACAUGGACACUGGCAAGCCAAAUGUCUGGCUAUUUGAACACCAUGCCUUCUUACCAGCGCCUGCUCAGAGACAUGCGCCGCCUGUAUCAGAUUGUACUCUUGUCACUGGAUAUGGUCUUGAGCUCGCAAGCUUGGCGCAGGUUAGCUGACUGGAGCCUCCAGAUGGCUAGCUGGAACAGAGGUGGCAGGGGAGGAAACCACCAUGUGGAACAAGAGCAACAGCUUUUGAUUGAGGGCAACCAAGAAAGGCCAGGAGGACCUGCUGUAGUUCAGGGACCAGCUCCUCCGGGAGCAACUCAUCCAAGAAGACAAGGACCACCUGUGACCAAUCAGCAGGCUGUACCCCGUGCCCGCCAGACAUGGCAGGCAGCAGCUCGAGGCAGCAGGAACCAGCACAGAACAGAAGAUGAUCUGGAAUCAACUACACAACAGAGUCUGCACUCAGGGCAGCACUUGCAGCCUUCUGGUGAAGGACCAAGCACAUCACAUGCCAAACCUGCAACAAAAGAGCAGCUUAAUGCUCUGGAGGACGACGAUGACCCAUGGCUUCUUCUCAAAGAACAAGAAGAGCGGAAGAAAUGUGUCAUCUGCCAGGACCAAACAAAGACAGUUUUGCUACUUCCCUGCCGGCAUCUUUGCCUCUGCCAGCAGUGCACUGAAAUCCUGCUGCAGCAGGCCAUAUACCAGCGCAACUGCCCACUCUGCCGGCAGAUGAUCCUGCAGACUCUCAAUGUCUACCUGUGA